UGAUUUUGUACACCUGUGGACAUGGAAGUGAUUGGAACACCUGAUUUCAAUUAUUUAGAGGGGUGAGUGAAUACUUUUGGCAAUAUAGUGUAUAUGAUGUGCACAUCAUGCAUAGAAGCACAACAUCUCUGCUGAAAAAUAUAUGUGAAACUUUUUGGACACACACUUCAGGUCUAAUAAAUAAUCCAACUUCUGCAACUUCAGAAUUGAAGUAGGACAUAUUGUGAUUUAAUCUAAAUUUCUGAUUAAUUGCCCAGCCUUGGUAGUUCCUAAGGAGUUGUACAGUAUAGGUUGAACUUCCCUUAUUGGUGAUAACAACAAGAGAAUAUGCAUCUCAACCUGGCUUUUCAGGUAAAGUCAGACCUUUGUGAAUAAGUAAAAUAGAAAGGCUGUUUCUGGAUGUGAUGUGGAAUCAUCCUCUCUCUGGGUAGACAACAGAGAUGGAAAGGUACAGGAGUAUUGUACUCAAGUAAAAGUGCAGUUACUCUGGUUAAAACUGACUUAAGUAGAAGGAUAAGUACUGAUUUUAAAAUGUACUAAUAAACACUACACAGUUACAGUAAUCUGGGUGAUUAUUAUAGGUUACUUUCUACUUCUGGUAUUGACAGGAACUCAUCCCUUUUGUCAGUGGUCAGAGGGUUCUGUGCUGACUUCUGUGGAGUCAAAAAUGUUUUGUGUCUUUAUAAUCUAAGAUUAUAAAAAGUCCCACCCAGCAGUGGCCUGUCUGUUGUUUUUGACUGUUUGUGGACCCUUAUUAAUGAGUAACUAGCUUCUCCUGCAGUUGCAUCACCCCCCUCACACAUUUUGUGUUUUUCUUUAAAGCUGUGACUGUGCCCAAACACAAGUAUUACCCACAAGGAUUACUUGUGAUGUGUGACCCAAACAAAAUGUUCCCUGGCCCCGUUUCUCAAAUUCCCAUCUAAUCAGUUUGAUCAGAAUCUGUUUCCAUCUCAGGGAUCACUCGGUACAACGGCGUGCACAGUUUGCAGCAGCAUAAACACAUUACGGAUUAAGUGUGAUCCCGGCGAUAGCAUUGAUAAAACAGAUGGCCUUGCUGAAUUCAUCACGAGAUGUUUCACUCUUUUCAAGGGUUAAUUGAAACAGCAUGGCCUUAAAGGCAGGCCGGUGAUUAUUUUUUUUCUCUUGCAGGCUCUGCGGAGGAAUGCAAAGCGACACCCGCUGUAGAGUUUAAGUUGGGACAUUGUGAACUCUGGAGUGCUGAUGCAUGCAGUUGAUUACUGCAGGACGCCUUUGCAACUCUGGGACGUACAGAAAAUCCAAUCUUCAAAUAAACACCUGCUAAACUGGUUUUCUACAUGCACACUGAGAACCCUGCAGAAAUGUUUUUCUUUUGCCCUUCUUUUAAAAGCCUCUCCACUUUUUGUCUCCUUAGUGUUUAAAUUCUAAGCACACAUAAGCAAUUACAACCACACAAACCCGCCCUGUGGCACCAGUGGGAGAGUCUGACAGUGAUAGGCACCGUGCCAACCAUUACGAAGGCUUUCUGCUCUAGAGCUGAUGUCAUCAGAUACCAGGAGGCAGAUUUGUGGUCUUUUUUGUUGUUUUCCUGCAUAAAACCUCAUAUUAAGUGUCUUAAUUGUCCUUCCAUUACCUUGAGGCUGUGGCCGAAAAGAUUCACACUGAUUGAAUCAAGUGUGUCUAAUUUGAUGCUAAAUCAGAUCUGGCGCUGAUAUCUGUCAGCUCUUUAACAAUCAUUGGAUGAUUUAUUCCUGUGAUAGCAUUAGCAGCCAGGAGAGGUUCCCCUUUUGUCUAUUCUUAUCACUAAAGACAUCCAGUGCAGGAUCACAGCAUUCAAUUCACACUUAAUUAGAUCACAUAUAUUUGACUUUAUAGCUGCUCACUUAAAUGUUUAACAUGAUGCCAGUCUGGGUACAUCAGAUGCUUAUCUUAAACUCCCCUCCUUUCUUCUCCUUGUUCUUCUUUAUCUAAUCAAACCAGUAAAUUAGGCCAUAUUCCCGUGUAGAGUUAAUCCAAUCCAGCUCUGUGUUGUUGUUGCCCCUGUUCGACUUUAAGAGCUCUCUCUGUGGGCGGUCCUAGCGCGCAGACCAAUGAAUCGCCUCCUCUGUUUAAAUAGUCCUUGAUGUCAACUUUUCUUCUUCACUCACAGCUCCCUCUAACGCCAUGUUGGCUGUUAUGACUUGACUUGUUGUUUUCAUCUUGCUUUACUACGGACUUGACAGGAGUGGCUUUCUUAAACCCCCCUGCGCCUGUUUGGAGACGCUUUAUUCCAUUUUUACGCGUACGCGUUUUGGAUGAUACGCGCGGAGUAUGCACGCAUCGCUCAUUUUAUUUUGCAUUUAAGAGGAGUACUACUUGGAAAUAGAAGUUUGGAAGGCUUCGGUUGUUUGUGGGAGUGUUUUUGCUUGUCAUAUGUGCAACAAAAUGUCAGAUGUUCGCCUGUCUAAUGCGAGCCCGGUGGAGAGGGUGGAUGCUCGGCAGCAGGACAACGUCAGACCUCCGACCCGCAGAAACCUUUUCGGCACACCUGAUCGAGAGGAGACGCGGAGGUAUUUCGAGGCAUCGAUACAGGAGAGUGUGCAGGCGUUCAUGGAGGAGUACGAUUUCGAUCCCGUGAACGGGAGGCCGCUCACUCCGCGCAGUUACGACUGGCAGGAGGAAAACGACGCACCGGAGUUUUUCCGCAGACCGCCUCACCGGAGACAGCCGCCCCAGCGAGAGGUGGAGCGCCCCGGGGAGAGCAACCGACAGGAUGCCGAGGAGAGGAAUGGAAGGCAGUCAGACAGAAACGGCUCCAGGAAGAGACGUUCAGGAUCUUCAGGUUCAUGCUCAGGCGAGAGGCAGAGUAAAAGGUCGCAUUCCGACGAAGAGGAAGAUGACGACCAGGCGGGGGAGAGACGGAGCAGGCCGGAGGACGGCGACGAGGUCCAGAGGAAAACAGAAUAAGAGCGAAGAGACCUGUUGCUGGUGGAAUACUGUAGCCUUUCUCGUCAUCUGACAGAUGGAAGAGAAAAAUAUAAAAGCAGCCUUUUCCUAAAGAAGGGAGGGGGACAGGCUGCACAAGCACUGAAUAUGUACACUAUCAAGUUUUGGCACUCAUUUCAGUUAAAUUGCCUCAGAAGCAGCAGACGAUGUAGCAGUGUGCAAAUGGAUUUUUGCUCAUUUUUGUAUCUACUACCUAUGUUUUCAGAUGUAGCACAAAAAAGAAGCAUAAUAUGCUUUUCAUACCUUUUUGUUAUAUGUCUUUGUAAGUGUGUGAAUUUGACUCGGGAAGUUGCAGUGCAAUUUUUCCAGAAGAGAAAUAUUAUUUUGUUAAAGUGGUCAUAAUGUGUCAUUCAGGUAAUUGAUGUAAGUUAAAAAUGCAGAUUUCAAAAGUCAGGGUUAUGUGGAAACAAAAUUGUGUUUAUUUUCCUACGGCUUUAUUUGUCCCAGUGUUUUUUUUUUUUUAUUUUAUUUUGAAGGCCAAGAUGCCCACACUGUAAGUUGAGGGUCCAUCUAACUGGGAUCAGCCAUGACAGAUAAAGUUUACAUCUCCUUUCCCCCUUUUAUCUUACUUUUUUUUUUUGCCAAAGUUAGUGCCUUUUAUUCUGGGGUUGAAGGGUGGGAAGGGAGGGUUGCUAAACUGCUGAGCAAUAUCCAACCAAAUUUUAACAGUAUUUGCUAAUAAUCCUAAGAAUUAGCUUUUUUUUUUAUCUUUAAAAUUAGUUUCUAUUUUACUGACUUUUGUGUCCCGCCCCUUGUGAUAAAUGAUACGGUCCAGGGCAGUAGCAUAGAGAAAAUAUGUUAAAACCACUGGGCUACUUAUGCAAAUAUGUGAAUCAAAGAUUUGUCUUUGUGGUGUGGAUUUCAUGUGGAACAUGUAAUUGCACUAUUGAUAAUUUCUCUUUUUUUAGGGCAGGAAAAAAAUGACUCUGCCUCAUUUGGUGUAAAUCGUUGAAGAGUACCUGUGUGCCUUUUUUUUUUUUUUUUUUUUUCAAAACACUGAAAAAUUAUACUAACUUAUUUAUGUGUUGCUUUUUCGUUGUUGGUGUAAGUAUAGCUUCCCAAAGCGACAUUUUUGUAAAUAUAUAUUUUCAUUAUUGUUCUUAAGAUAAAUAAACUGUUGCAAAA